ACCCAGCUACUGGGUUUCAUUGGAGCCUCAAACUUAGCAGAUGUUAUCAAAUCAAAUUAACCUUUCAAUAAACAAUAUCAAUCAAACUCUAAUCAAAUUUCAACAAAAAUACAAUCAAACUCUAAUCAAAUUUCAAGGAAAAUGCAAUCAAAUUGUUAAUCGACGAUCCGAGAACAAUUAGUCGAUCUAGAUUUGCAAGUGAUUAUAGAUUCUUCGUGGGUAGAAUGGAAAGAAUUAGGAGAUGAAGGGCUCACGGGUAAUGAAUGGGAAGAUCGAAAAAUUGGAAGAAGGAUUUUUUGGCUAGAUGCAUGGAAUUGGCCGAACGCAGCAAAGUUGAAACCCAGCAGCUGCCGUCCACUGCUACUGGAACCCACAGCAACAGCAAAUCCAAGAGCUCAGCAGGAUUGGCCCCUUCUAAAUUGACCCUUUACGUUUCCAAUCUGGACUACGCCCUCACCAAUUCCGAUCUCCAUACCCUCUUCUCCACCUUCGGCAAGGUCGCUCGCGUCACCGUUCUCAAGGGGGUUUCGACGAACCCAGCAAGGCUGGGUUUCAACCGAACCCAGCAGCUGGGUUCGUCGAAACCCAGCAGUUGGGUUUCAUCUGCCGGGUUCCGAUGAACCCAGCUUUCCACUGACCUAGGGUGGGAAAGAAAGAAAGAGAAAGAAAGAAGGGAAGAAGAGGGAUUGGGAGGGUGAGGAAGGCUGGGUUUCGUUUGCUGGGUUCAUCUUUGCACCGACCCAGGGUAGGAAAGAAAGAAAGAGAAAGAAGGAAGGGGAAGAAGAGGGCUUGGGAGGGUGAGGGUAAUAAAGUAAUUGUAUUUGU